GAGAGAGAGACAGAGAGAGAGAGAAGCACCGGCCGCCGGACACCGACACCGAUCGAACCGUGGCACCGAAGCACAAAACCAUCCAAAAGAAAUCCAACCCAACCCAACCCAACCCAACCCAACCCACUCCACCGACAAUAGCCAUGGCGGCGACCCGGGAGGGACGCCGCCCGGGGGAGCAGGGCCGUCGCCGCAAGACCGGCAGCGCAAGCCACCGCAGGCAGCCGGAGCCAAGCCAGGUCCAGGGCCGCAGCCGCAGCGGGGACAGGGCGAAGCCAAAACCGAAGCCUUGCGCUCCGGAGCGAGGCGGGGGACGGAGAGACCGGCAGCCGCACAACGAAGGGGGGGGACGCGAGCGAGAACGGGAGCGAGAACGGGAGCGAGAACGAGAACGGGAUCAUCGACAAAACCAACGACCGCAACCACACGAACGGAGGAAGCGGAAGGGAACCAAGAAGGUCCCGGGCGGUGGCGGGAGCGGGAGCCACCAUUUCGAGGCUAGCGCGAGCCGCAGCGACCACCGGGAGAGGGGGGGAACUCACACGCCGGAACGGCGGAGGAGCAGGAGCGACAAGAGCAGCACCGAGAUGCGGAACAGCAGCCACAGCAGCAGGGGCAGCAGUUCCACGGCCGUUUCGGCUGCUGGCCACGACCGCAACGAACGCGAACGCGAACGCAAGCAUCCAAGGGGCACCAGCACCAGCACCACCACCGCCCUUGCUUCGGCGCCCAACCCGGGAGGAAUGGCGGCCAUGCUGGCGGCAGCCGUAGCGGAACGGGAGGUCCGCCUUUCCAGGCACAAGGGAGAGGCCGGGGGAGCCAAGGUUUCAAGGGGGACGGCCCCCGCGGGGAGGGGAAGGACCGCCAGAGGCGGCAGCGGCACCCUCACCCCUCGGUCCGCGCCCGGGGGAGGGACGCCGACCACCACCACCACUACCAUGGAGGCCAUGCUGGUGGCGGCGAUCGCCGAGCGGGAAAAGCGCAAAUCAAGGGGAUCCGGGAACGCACCGGCGACCCCGGCCUGUGUCGAAGCAGAGGGAAACGCAAAGGCAAACGCAACAACCGGCCCCCGGCCGCAGCCGACGAUGGCCGACCUGAUCGCCUCUGCGGCCGCAAAGCGCAAAGACCGGAUCGCCGAGGCCGGGGGGGAGGACCCCGCCCUGGCCAUUGGCAAAGCAAAAGCAAAACCAAAGACAAACCAAAACACGACAAAACCAAAAACAACAAGCCACGGCCCCUCCCUCGCGGAACUGGCGGCGAGGGAAGCCGGCGCACGGCGGAUCCGGAUCGAAGAACGGGAGGAGCAGAAGCGGCGCAAGGAGGAAGAAGAGUCCCGGGACGCUUGCCUUGGCGUUGGCGUGAAUGCCGACGCCGAUUUCGACGCCGACGUUCCCUUGGACGCCGACGCCGACCGCUACUACGAAUACACCAGGAUGGCCUUUCUGGACGACGACGACGACGACGAGAACGACGGACACCCUCCGGGGGAAGCCCCCCCGGCCAUCUACAACAAGGAGACCCACAAAAAGACCUUUGUGAGCGUCGCCGAGCAGGCCGCGACCUACGGCCGGCUGGUCCGCCUCAAGGAAACCGUGGUGGAGGCGAGCGGGAACCGGGACCUAUUGAGGCAGCACACGCACCCACUGGCGGAAGACACCUGGUCUGGACCCAAGCUCCGGACCGACCCGACCCUCUCGGCCGCCAUGCGGGCCGUUCGGGAGGCCGCCGCGGUGGGCCGGAUGAAGCGGAGGCAGAAGGGGCCGAGCGAGAGCGAAAGCGGUGCCCCGCACGACGACGACGACGGCGGUCCCGGCGGCGAAUCCCCGGCCCCGGACAUCGACCAGCAGCUCGACGAGCACGGCCGGAGGAUCCUGCGGACGAACUUUUUGCUGGACAAGCACGUCGAGGAGGCCGCCCACGAAAAGAAGGACCGACUCUGGUCGGACUCCGACGCGAUGGGGGACCGGGACGAGAAGACCGCCACCUACCAGAGCUUCGACGAUGUCCACCUGCCGACCGAGGUCCUCCCGACCCUCGACAACCUUUUGGGCAAGACCAAGAGGAAGGGAGCGGCCGGGACCUACUCGACCGGGGCGGACCUGGCGUUGAUCGCGAUGCAAAUGGGGGAGAACCACCAGAACCAGAACGACCACCCAAACGGCACGGUCAACCAGAACGACGUGGCCAUGACCCCGGGCCGGCUGCGGGUCCUCGAAUCCAUCUCGAACGCGGUCGCCGCGAGUGCCUGGGAACGCCAGUACCGCCUGCAGCGGCCCAAGGCGGAGCUAAGGGUCACCAAGAGGUGCACCUGCCCCUACUGCAAGGACCCGAACCCCUACCAGACCCACAAGUACAAGCGCCUCAUGUACCCGGACCGGUUCGACGAAGACUACGAAAAGUACUGCCUGCCCGUGCCCGAAGAGGACGAAGAGAAAGACCAGCUCGAAAACGAACACGCAAACGAAAACGAACACGGUCCACCACCGGGUCGGGAUCCCGGGGUCCGCAAGAAAAAGACCAUCCGCAUCGUUACCCGGAGGUUGAAGAAGCGGUCCUCCUCCUCCUCGUCGCCGGGGGACGGCAGCGGGCCGAGAAUCACGACGACCACGACGCGGAGGGUGAUCGACGGGACCUCGCUGACGACCGAGGAACUCGGCUUUCUGACCCGGCGUCUGCAGCAGCAGGGAGGGGCGGGCCUGUCGACGGAAGAACUGAUCCGGCUGGCCAAGGAACUGACCCGGAGCCACCACGCCGAGAGCCACCACGGCAACGAGAAGGGCAACGGCAACGACAACGGCAACGGCAACGAACCACACAACGAACCACACAACGAACCCCAUAGCGGCCGCACGAAACACACCGGUGGCCACACCCAAGGGGCCGAUCCGAAGCGGCCGCACGAACGGGCCAAGCCCGCCACCGAAGCCCCCGCUCGAGAGCAACGGGGGCGAAAACCCCACCGCCUCCGGAUCAAGAACCCCCUGCGGGGCCUCUCUCGGUCCAGGCACUCCCGGUCGCCGGCCUCCCGGGACCGUGGCUCCGAGGACAACCCCGGGCAGCCCGGCCGCCGCCGCGGACGCCGCCUCGGGAGGAAUCCCCUCCGGGUGCUGUCUCCCAGGGACGCUCGCGGGGGAGCAUCGCGAGACCCAUCGCCGCCCGCAAAGGGGGAGGGCGAAACGCCGCCGCCCCCGGCCCGGUCCAAGAGCCUUUGCUCCCCGGCGCCAGAGACCCCCCGCCGGGAGCCGCUGGACCGGGCGACCUACCACCACCCGGGCCGGGACCCCGAGGCGAAGGAGCCGGUGGCAGCGCCGGUGCCCGGUGCUUCUCCCGAAACCGUUGCCGGGGACGGAAAGAUCACCUUCGACUCGGGGGUUCCCGACCCAAGGGAGUCGUCGUCCUCGAAGCACUCCCUGGGAGGGACGGCGCCGACCCAGCAGAGCCUGAGCGACAACGAGGAAUUCGGCCCGGCGCCGAACGCGAACGCCACCGGCGAGCAGGGCAGCCGCGGGGAGAGCUGCCGGAGUUUUGCGUCCGCGGACCUCCCGGGGGGGACGGGGGACGAGGAGCCGCCGGAACGGCCGAAGCCCACCGCCGGGCCGAGAAACGGGGGCGAAGCGAAGACGGUGCCAGACCCAGAGAAAAAAAAGCUGCGGGGAAAGAAAAAAUGGCUCUGGUAGCAGAGCAGAGCACACCGCCAAUCCACUCCACGCCACUCAACACAGCGAUCCCUCCCACGGAACGAAACGGGCACUUUUCCCACGACGCAUGAAUCAUGAACCACCGGUGGAAACAAGUUUCUGCAUUUCGCAAGAAUCGUGAAUUUUUUCCACGUUUUUGCAAAGUAAGGAAAGAUGAUAGACCACAGGUGUUCACCGCUGCAACUCAAAAACUAUUUGGCGUUAUUAUAAGGUUAGAGUUAACACUCCAAUUUGAACCAUUUAAACCAUUCGAACUAGUCAAAAAUCUUUUUUAGAAACAUCUUUCUGUUGAGCUUCAAGAUCAAUCAUCGAUAGCGUCUGUUGCAACACUUCUAACUGACAGCAAACGCAGCAGCAAGCGCUAGCGGAAGCACCAAGAUAGAGUAAACAAGUCUCCCUUAC